GGAAGUAGGGAAACUUCAGUGGAAUCUGUUCAGUCGGGUUCUGUUACACGUGAGGGUUGAUAACUAUAUGGGUGUCUGGAAAACAGCAGAUAUAACAGGAAAGCCUAACUGACAUGUAAUCUAUACCAAAUAAAAGGUCGUUCGGCUGAAACGGCAAGUUAGCUAUGUCUCGACUAAUUCUGAUAGAUGCGCCCAUAGAUGAUGCAGCACAAAUUCCACUUCUCACAAGACACUUGGACCGAGAUAGUCUCGACUCUGAUGAAGGUGAAGUUCUUUUUGAGAGAGCUGGACAUAAUACACAUGAUGUUCAGAGAAAUACACACAAAUAUUUCAGUUACGAGGAAGCUGUGGAUGAAGCAGGUUUUGGUUUUUUCCAUGGGAUCCUGUUGGUGGUGUGUGGAUGGGCCAAUGCCAGCGAUGCCGUGGAGAUUCUGUGUGUUUCGUUUCUGCUACCCACGGCCCGCUGUGACCUCAAUCUCAGCUCCUCAGACAUGGGAUUUCUGACGGCAAGCAUUUUCCUCGGAAUGAUGGUGGGUGGGUAUUUAUGGGGUUACCUGGCUGACCAGAGGGGGCGCCAAAAGGUCUUGGUUAUUUCACUCACUGUAAAUGGAGUGUUUGGGGCCCUGGCCAGCUUCGCCCCCUGGUUCUGGCUCUUCCUGAUACUACGGUUCAUUAGUGGCAUAGGGGUGGGAGGUUCUAUCCCGGUGAUCUUCUCCUACUUUUCAGAAUUUCAGCCCCGCCUGAAGAGAGGGGCAAUGAUUAGUGCUCUAGCUACCUUUUGGAUGGCAGGAAACAUUCUAGCAGCAGGCCUGGCAUGGCUGGUCAUUCCCCAGACCUGGCUCCACUUUGGUUUAGGUGGACUGGACUUCCAGAGUUGGAGAGUGUUUGUGGUGCUCUGCUCGGUUCCCAGCCUGACAUCAGCACUCAUCUUCAAGCUGGCCAUGCCUGAAAGCCCUCGGUUCCUUAUGGAGGCUGGCCUUGAGACAGAAGCUCUACUCGUCUUCAGGAGGAUGUUUGCAUUUAACAACAGAGGCAGUCUCAAGACUUUUCCAGUGCGUAGGCUAAUCGUUUCUUCUGAGAAGACUGAGAGGGAGACCAGGAGUAGUGGAACAUGCACUCAGCGCCUUUUCAACCUCCUUAAACAGGGACUGGCACCGAUAAGGCAGCUGUUUGUUGGAGAGUUGGCCUCUAGAAGUACAUGUCUGGUCUUCAUAUUCUACUGCAUCUCGUUCGGAUACUACGGGUUGUGGAUGUGGUUCCCAGAGCUUCUUAAGAGAGCAGAGGAUGGAGGCUCACCCUGUGCCAAUGCAUCUCGCUUACAAAGCCUGGACAACCAAAGCUGCUACCCAGUGAAAACAGCAGUGUACAUGGAGGGUUUUCUUACAGCAGCUUCAAGCCUACCAGGGAACAUCUUCACCAUUCUACUGAUGGAUGUCAUCGGUGGAAAGGUCCUGCUUUGCUGUAGCCUGCUUAUGUCCUCUGUUAGUGUGUUCCUCAUCUACGUGGUGAAGACCAAAGCACAGAGUGUGCUUAUCUCCUGUGUGUUCGGUGGAGUUUCCGUGGUGGCCUGGAACGCCUUGGACGUGUUGGGAACUGAGUUGUACCCCACCCCUCUGAGGUCCUCUGCCCUGGGCUUCUUCACUGGAGUGGGCAGAGUGGCAGCCAUCAUGGGUAAUGUAGUCUUUGGCCAGUUAGUGGACACAAACUGUGUGAUUCCAGUUUUGCUGGUGUCUGCACUGCUGCUGACAGGGGGGAUCACUGCCCUGCGUCUUCCCCACACCAAACAGGCAGAGCUUACCUGAGGCCAUCUGGGAAAUGGAGUCAAGAAGAUUAAGUGUCCUCCCCUGAAGGACAAGGGACAUUUUUUCCCCUCAGAGAUUUUUCUAUCAUGACCAAAGAAAACUAUGGACCAAAUGUUUAGACAGAUUGAGUGCCAUAAACAGAAAAUGUGUACAAUUUGGGAAACCAUGUACCCCAAUGGUUUCUCUGUCAUUAGUAACGUAUUGAUCAAGGUAAUCAGAUGUUGAUUAUAAACCAGCAAUUAAUUGCCUUAUUUACCACUCAAAGCAGGCCUCGUUAAGUCAAGUGACAGUUAGCAUACUGUGACACGUCUUCCAACUGUUUUACCCAGAAGGCACUAGCACACGUCAGAAGGGUGCACAGCUAUUCAGGACAGUGACACCCGGUUGUUUGGCCUCUGUACUCCAGCUUUGAAUUGAUAAAAUCACUAUGAGAAAGUGCUACUUUAAUUUGAAGGUAUUUUCACGUGCAUCGGCUGAAAGGCUUAGAAAUAAAAGCACUCUUUGUACAACAUUCCUCUUCGUUAGGGGAAUGAAAGUAUAUGGACAAAUAUACAUGUGUAUUAAAACAGUUAAACAUUUUGUAUUAUUCAUAGCACUGAAGGACUAGAUGAAGUUGUGACAAUGUUUUGGAUGCAUUUUUAGAUUACUGUGUGCCUAAUUGAAAUAAAUUGGAAGAAAUGAGGAAUGGAAUGUCAA